AUGGUCUACGGACUAUUGCAGGAUGACGACCCGGAUACCCUCCACCUGAUUGUCUCGUUUCUACUCUUCGACGGGCGACAGAAUGAGACCCCCUUUCGGAUGAUGGACGAGGAGGGCUCGUUCCCGCGCAUGCUGGAGCUAUUACAGGCGCAAAAUCGACAUGUGGACGAGGACACUGGAGCUCGUCUCCAUCGACUGUUGAUGGAGCUGCUCUACGAGAUGUCGAGGAUACAGAGAAUUAAGAUUCAAGACUUAGGUGGGUGA